GGCCUGGUCGUGCUGAGCGAUAGAUCGAGGGCGAUUCUGCAACACGCUUACGCGCUCGUCGUGAUGCAACCGAAUUCCGCGCCGCUCCGUCUGCACUCGACCCAUUCGGCAAGUUCAAAUUGCUAUGAGGCGUGAUGGCAAGUGUCUGGCGACUGGGCAAGCGGAGCAGAGAAUCGACAAACUCGUUUGCCUGUCCAACGGACAUGCCAGGUGAUUUUGGCGACGGUGACCAGUGAUGCAGAGUGUCGAGGUCUGCACUGUGCGACCAGACCUGCGAUAGAGGGGAGCUGAUCGAUGCAGUCGAAGCGAUAUGAUGUGUGAUUAAAGGACUCAGUGCAUGAUCGUGGAGUGGUGCAUAAUGCGGUGAGCGUUGCGGACGAGCAGCACCGCGUCGAUUUGGCACAAGCGACCCCUCCAAAUGCAAGUAGUCCUUUGGCAGCUGCGAAUCCGUGAUGUGCGAGGGUCGGGAACCUGUCUGAUCCGCGCGAGGCUUGCCUCGGCUCUGAGUGUCGCCCGUAGACUCUGCUUCGACGCGCGUCGCAUCCAGGGAGCUCCAUCGGUCAGACUGGCUUGGACGAGAGCUAGCACCAGCCUUGUGCUCGAAAGCGGUGCGAGUCGACUGCCACGAAUGUGUCUGCAGUGUCAAGGCGGAUCUUGGCGGCGGCGGCGGCGUUUGGGGCCACAGCAGUGUAUGACCUUCGUCAAAGUCCUUGUGUGGCCACGCAAAGCGCGAAGCAGCCGAUCGGAGGGGUUGUGAAGUGCCAACAAUGCUUUUUGCGUGUGCUUGAUGAGUAUGAUCUCCCGCGGAGAGGCUAUAGCCUCCCGCGAGAUCGUUGUGUAGCGGAGACGAAGCGGAUGCGAUCGAAUUUGUGGUCCGCUGAUGUUGAACCAGGGAGGUCGCCACAGCAUCCAAAUGCUGGCCUACGUCCAUCGUCAGGGACGACUCGCCGGCUGAUGCUCGUCCAGCGAGCCAUGUGGCCGCCACCUUGGUUGCGAAAAGGAGACCUGCGGCGAGGGGACAGAUGACAGCAGUGAUCCGCAUGUUAGGGUGCGCUUGGUCAGCUCGCUUUUUGCACGCGAUGCUGCACCGCUGGGUAGAGGAUUGGGGGGAUGUACCUGGCGCAAGUCGUUCGCGAUACGGAUGGAAUACUUAUAGGAUCCAUGAAGGCAAAACAAAACAUCACCAAUACCCCUACACUUGCACCCUCGCAUGCCGAAACCAGAGCAAGUGGCGAUGAUCGAGUCUGUGCCGGCGAGACUGUAGCCGAAUGCGACCCAGGUUGAGCACGCAAUGUCGGGGCCGCACGUCACAAGCGCAAUGUCGUCUUGUCCAUUGUCCAUGAGUCAACAAGUGGCGGGGAGCGCGACGAGAGGUCAAGCAGAGGUCAAGCACCGCUCUGUUAAGAAUGGCAGACUCGUGCAUCAAGUCGUUAGGCAAGCGGCUGAUCAACGUCACCAACAAGCAUUCAAUAACCGCUUCCCCGACGCAACCGGCACAACGUCUGUGCUCGAUUGUGGGGCCGCACGGUGGCGCAACAUGACCGAAGAAGUUGCGCCCAUCGUGCAAGCGACGCGUGCUGCAAGAUGACACCCUCAAAGUUGGGCGGUGGCGAGGCGACAAAGCGCGCCAAAGCUCCACGCCGACCUGCACAGUGAUGCUGGCGACAUCGACCGUUUUAC